GCGGAAAUUAAAGAUUAAAUGCGUAGGGCUCGGGCUCGACCCGUGGCCAGUGGCUUGUGGUGCGGCACUGUCGAGCUCACUUUAGCUUUCCCCUUACCAUAAUCUCGUCGCGUGUUGUUUUUUCGGUCCAGAUGAUGUCCGAAUAAAUGAUACCGCGCUUGCUUUUUGGUAACCCCCCCCGACGAUGAUGCAGCAGUAGUUGCCAACGCCGCGAUGGCCUGUGCCCCCCUGAGAACCGAACUCUCGACCCAAGACUUUGACUUUACGACCUACGACACGAACAACAAUGACCACCAUGAUGAACAUGCUCCCGACGUUCCACGCGCCCCACGCCCUCUUUGGGCCCACUAGCGUGGCCUUCCACGAAGACGCGCUCGCCAACUCGCUCGAGCUGGACGACGCCGACGCGGCCAACGACAUUGACGAGUUUGCGCAGCUUCUCUCCGCCGUCGACGACGAAGAGACUGCCAACGACAUCGAUGCCUUCACCGACCUCAUCGAGUCGCUCUCCAAGGCGCAAGCCAAGGACGAUGGCUUCAGCGACGUGCCGACGUUCACCGAGACGGACCUUGACGCCCUCCUCGGCCACGACGUCGACAUGACCGCCGACCUCUGCGACGACGACGAGUCCGAUGAUGAAGACGAGGACGACGACGACGCGUCGACGACGAGCCCGCUCGACUCGGCCGCCGCGCUGUCGCACCUCGACUUUCGCACGUACCAGACGCCGAUCGACCCUCGGUGUUGCAUCAAGACGCCCGUCUUCAACAAGAUCGACCCGCGCAUCCCGCUUGCGCUCAUCCCUCGCAUGGACGUGACGUUUGGCAUGCGGGCGCCCGCCACCCUGGCGGCGCCUGCGUUCCCGACGGCUGCGCCCGCUUCGCCCAUCUCGGUCUGCUCCUCGGCGGUCGACGCGGACGAAGAAGCGUACGUGCACGACCCGGCUCGCUGCUGGGUGUGCAAGAGCAACAAGUCGGAGGCGCGCAAGAUGGUGCUGCACCGCUUCGUCGAGAAGCGCCACCGCCGCAACUGGAAGCGCGGCGCCCGGUACAAGGCCCGCUCGCGCGUCGCCUCCUCGCGUGUGCGGGAAGGCGGUCGCUUCGUGACCAAGUGCCAAUGGUUCGCCCCGAGCUACGAAUGAAAAUCCAAGAAAAUCCAAGAAACAUCAAGAAAAUCCCGAAAAAAGAAAACAAAAAAGACAUCAUGUGCAUGUAGUACUAGUUACGUAGGAAAUAUUCUCUCUCCUUGAGUUGAUGCUCGUUUCGAGCCCACUGGUCAAUAUGACUUUUGUAUUAUCUGUUC